UUGAUUGAUUUCAAGGUGAGUUUUUCUUUCCAGACCUUGCGCUAUAAAUCUGCAAACGCCCAGUGUCCUGCUGCGCAGCGCUGCGUCAUACUUCAUCCUGUCUCGUGCCUCUCGUGAAAACUGGAUCAAGAGAACGUAACGGCUUCCGCCAGCCCCAUAGCUCCCAGUUGGAACUGACAGUCCCUACAAUAGGAGUAAAAUUCUCGUGAGCCACCAUUAUGUCAGUCGCUCGCCCCAAUGCACGCCUACUCGCCCGAACCUGCACCCGCCAGCAGACCUGGACGCCCAGAACUCAAGUACGCACCUACGCAGCACCCGGCGAAGGAACGAUCCCCGCCGCGAAGAGAAAAUAUGUGCCAAACUCAGGAACCUACCCUCUCGGCUUCCGCGCAGGCAGUGCCCAUGUGGGCGUGAAGCCGUCUAACACGCGGUUUGACGAUCUCGCUCUCGUGGCCUCGGAUACACCAUGUUCAGGUGCUGCCGUCUUUACCACCAAUCGGUUCCAAGCUGCCCCUGUGACAGUAAGCCGAGAUACAUUGAAGAAGCGGAGCGGUGAAGGUGUUCGCGCGGUGGUGGUGAACAGCGGGUGUGCGAAUGCCGUCACGGGCAGAGGGGGCAUCGAGGACGCUGUACGGAUGGGACAAGAGACGGAUAAAUGCUUUAUAGAUGACAGCAACGGCGAAGAUGAUGGCCGUGGUAGUCGGAGUAUCGUCAUGAGCACCGGUGUCAUUGGCCAGCGUCUGCCUAUCCAGAAGAUCAUUGAUAAAGUCCCCACGGCAUACUACAACCUGGGUGGUACACACGACCACUGGCUCAGUGCUGCUCGUGCAAUAUGCACCACGGAUACCUUUCCUAAACUUGUCUCCCGGACUUUUACUCUUCCAAGUAGCGACCAGGAAUAUCGAAUCGCUGGUAUGACCAAAGGCGCCGGCAUGAUUCACCCCAACAUGGCCACCCUCCUGGGCAUUAUCUGCACCGAUGCCCCCGUCGCCCCUGCUCCCCUUCAAAAUGCCCUCACUUCUGCCAUUACCAAGUCUUUCAACAGCAUCUCCAUAGACGGCGACACUUCGACCAAUGAUACCGUCGCCAUCUUGGCCAACGGCGCUGCUGGCGGUGACACAAUCUCCUCGAUGUCUUCACCCGACUUCAACGCCUUCGCGGACACCUUGACCGAUUUUGCCAUUGAUUUGGCCAAACUCGUCGUCCGCGACGGCGAAGGCGCCACCAAAUUCGUCACAAUACGCGUCACGAAUGCUACCUCCUAUGCCGAUGCGAAAGCCGUCGCCAACGCGAUCGCUCGAUCUCCUCUCGUCAAGACGGCUCUGUAUGGCAAAGAUGCUAACUGGGGCCGUAUUCUAUGCGCCACUGGGUAUGCUGAGGGUGUUGGACCCAAUAGCAUCGUUCCUGAGGAGACGAGUGUCAGCUUUGUACCUGCUGAUGGAAGUCCCGAGCUGAAACUGCUGGUCAGAGGCGAGCCCGAACAGGUAGACGAGGAGAGGGCGGGUAAGAUUCUUGAAAGUGAAGACUUGGAGAUUGUUGUGAAGCUGAGUGAAAGAGAGGGAGGCGAGCAUGCGACAGUCUGGACUUGCGAUUUCAGCCACGAGUAUGUCACCAUUAACGGCGAUUACAGGACGUAAGUGCAGAUGAAGUGGAUGUUUCUCGUGAGAAGAUAUUCUUUAAAAAAAACUGCGCAGUCGAAGCGUUUCAUUCCCUGUUUAUUCAUUCCCGUCCUUUCAGUACCGCUUUUGAGUGUGAUCUUUCCAUUUCGCGCGAAGCUAGCAUGCAUGGAAAAAAGAGCAAUUCUAGAGCUGGACUGGUUUAGCAUGACACGAGUUCGGAGCCC